AUGGCGAAGCGCAGAAACCCGAAGAGAAAAAAAGUUCAUACGUGUUGUAGGUGUCACGUGCGGUCACAGCAGCGGGCGCGCUCCCGGCCAUGCGCGGCCUCCAGCGGAGCCGGAGCGGCGGGCGGGGCCGAUCCCGAUCCUGAUCCCGCCCCGCGCUGGCGCUGCCCCGGGGCCCGGGGUGGGCAGGCAGCGGGGCCGCAGGGAAGGGCCGCUCCCAGCCCCGCCGCAGGUGUGCGCCGGGCCCCGGGGAGCAGGGCAAAUCUGCACUUUAUUAGGAGAGAAGCUCACCGSCGCUCCCCAGCAAUGGCAGGGAAAAAAGUCCUGAUAGUCUAUGCACAUCAAGAGCCCAAGUCCUUCAAUGGAUCUUUGCUGAAGAUUGCUGUGGAAGAAUUGACCAAGCAGGGCUGCAGUGUCACGGUGUCGGAUUUGUACGCCAUGCAGUUUGAGCCCAGAGCAACARGAAAUGACAUUGUUGGUCACCUGCACAACUCAGAAGCAUUCAAUUAUGGUGUGGAGACAUGGGAAGCUUACAAGAGAGGAGGUUUGUCCAAAGACCUGGUUGAAGAGCAGAAGAAGGUGCAGGAAGCAGACUUGCUGAUUUUUCAGGUCAUUAUUUGAAAACAGAAUUCAGUUCUGAUGUUCACUUUAUCUCUAGGCAGCGGUACAGCAAAAACUACAGAUCAGUAGCACAAUUAUCUGGGUCAUUAUUACAGCAAAUCCAGUAACUGAGUAGCACAGUGAUGCAGGCUGAAACAAGA